UAUUGGUUAAAUGAUUAUGCAUCUUCGCUGGGCGUUGGGAUCUACCAUUCUGGUAUCGAGGUUUACGGUGUGGAGUAUGGUUACGGUGGUCAUCCGUUUGCAUUUUCUGGAGUUUUUGAAAAUACCCCUCAAGACGCUGAAGAGCUAGGAGAAAAUUUUAGGUUUAGGGAAAGCAUUCUUCUUGGAGAGACUGAUUUUACACCAGGAGAUGUUCGGCAUAUAGUACAGCUUCUUGGGCACGAAUAUCAUGGAGAUAAGUACCAUCUUAUCUCAAGAAACUGUAACCAUUUUACGUCUGCUUUAGCUAAGACAUUAACUGAUAAAGAUAUACCUCCAUGGGUUAAUCGACUGGCAGUAAUUUCUGGAUCAAUACCAUUUCUGGAACGGUGCUUACCACAAGAAUGGUUAACUCCUGUCGCAUUACAGGAAAGCAUCAGGGAAAGGAGUGCUGUAGAAUCGGCUCAGGAAGUAACUGAAGACAGCGACGGAGGAGGAAGGUUUACAGCAAGCAUAAACAACAGAAGAAAAGGUGAUAGUUCUGUUUUAGUGCUUCAUUUGAUUGUUAAGUUUAAGAAGCGGGUCAAUAAAACACAUGAUCAACACUCAAAACUGAUCUUUGGGCUUUCAGUCUAG